GCUGCAAACAUCACACAGCGACGGAACCACGUCUUUGCCGCCGUCGACUGCACCAUCGAGUCUCAGCUGUGCAAGCGACAAAAAAUCUCCGUCUUCCCAACCAUGAAACUCUUCGCUCAGGGAAAGACCGUGUCGACAUACCUGGAUGACUCCUUCUUGUCGAGCCAACAGAUGGUCGACUUCGUGGAGAAGACACCAUCUGUGUCUAAACAGUUGCCGCCUGCUAAAGAAUGUGUAAUUCAGUAA